CUAAUAUAUAAUUAGUCUUACCUUUUUUAGUUUAAAGCUAUUUCCCCUGCUCCUAUCACUCUCAGAUCAUAUAAAAAAUUGAUUCCCUUCCUGUUUAUUAGCUCCUUUCAAAUACUGGAAUGCUGCAAUGAAGUCUCCGCAGAGUCUUCUCUUUUCCAAGCUAAUAUUGACAUGUUAAACUGUUUAAUAUUAGGGAAUACGUUUUUGAAUGUCUGACAGGAGAGCUCAUAUAAGGUUAGAUGAAGAUUUAAAAUGCAAAUAUUUGAUUUUAAUAAUCAGUAUAAUAAAAUUGAGAAUAAAAAUACUAUUGUUGCAGAUUCCUUUCACAAAAGAUUGUGGAGCCAAAAAUAAAUGCAUUUCAGAUCUUGUUCUGAAUGUAAAAGCAAGCAUAGCUGGAGACAGUUCUUCUCCAUUUAUUGUCAAGUCACGCAAUGAUAGGUUCACCAUCCAGCUCUCUAUCAAGAACAAAAAAGACAGUGCCUAUAAUACCAGAGCUUUGGUUCAGUAUUCUCCAAAUAUUAUUUUUGCUGGCAUUGAGGAUAUACAGAAAGAUAGUUGUGAGUCUAAUCACAACAUCACCUGUAAAGUGGGAUAUCCAUUUCUAAAACCUGAAGAAGAGAUUUCCUUCAAAAUAUCAUUCCAAUUCAAUGCAUCAUAUCUCCUGGAAAAUGCCACUGUUGAUGUAUAUGCUACAAGUGACAGUGAAGAACCACCUGAGACCUUGAGAGACAACAGAGGACAAGUUACAAUUCCUGUAAAAUACGAAGUAGGAUUAAUAUUUGUAAGUGUUUUCAAAGAGCACCAUGUUAUAAUUGCUGCAAAUGAAACCAUUCCUACUGCUAUUAACACAACAGAGCAGAUAGGAGAUGAAGUUACUUUGCAUUAUAGGAUUGAAAAAGGUGAACAUUUUCCAAUGCCAAAUCUUACACUGCAAAUCUUGUAUCCUGAUGUAACAACAGCCAAAAACACUCUUCUCUACCUUACAGCAUUGUCACAUUCCCAAAACGCUAUCUGCAAAUCGAGUUACCCUGUAGAUCACUUAAAGAUCGGUUCUGGCAAAUCAUUUGUGCUGCCAAAAAUAAAAGAACCUACAAAGGAUACAAUUAUGGAAUGUGAUACAUUCGGCUGUGCAUCUAUUAAUUGUGCCCUGACCCCAUCUGACAUAUCUCAAGUGAAUGUUUCUUUAAGAGUAUGGAAACCUACCAUCAUAAAAGCAAGUAUUCACAGCUUAACCCUUGUUGUGAAAGCAUUACUUCGGAGUGAAAACUCAUCACUGAUUUUGAGAAAUGAUCAUCAAAAACUAGAGACCAUGAUUAAGAUUUCCAAAGAACUUCCUCCAGGUUCAGUCCCCUUAUGGGUUAUCCUUCUGAGUAUCUUCGCUGGACUCUUGAUUCUUGCACUGCUCAUAUUUGCUUUGUGGAAGGCUGGAUUUUUCAAGAGGCCACUAAAGAAGAAAAUGGAGAAAUGAAGAAAAAAAACAACACAAAACAAAAAAAAGAAUUUUUUACUCAGGUCUGCCUCAAAAAUGUGACUCUACAAUUAAAAACUUAGAUAAACAUGCAGCGCUCACAAUAUUUUCUAAACUCCAGUGCAUUAAAAAAAAAGAGAUCAGAACGUCAAGCAAUCAAAUUUAAACACACAUCUGAAUGAAUCAAAGGAAGAACAAAUGGCCUUAUGUCACUUUGUGAUACUCAAGGAUGUGUUUUCAAGUGUUACUCAUUUUUGGAGAGUAACUGAGUUCAAAGAUUCUAAUGUUUUUUAAUAUGGAAAAUGCCUAAUCAUAUUUUUAUAUGCCUAUGUAUGCAGAAUCCCUUUUUAUCCCAAAUUGUGCAACAAGACAUCUGUAUGUAGCAUUCCCAGUUUUUUGUCAGUCUGAUUUUCAAAGAGAAAAUAUCAUAUUCAAAAUUUUCUCUUUUUAGUGGACUGUCAGCUACAGAACAUUCAAACUUUGAAAAUGAACCAAGUACUACAUGGCAACUGAGGUAAUGGCAUUUCAAAAGACAGAAGCACCUGCAGAACUUUGAAUGAUGAUUUGUGAAACUCAUUGAACUUCUCUUUCGACUUGUUUUACUGGGUCCAGCUGAUAUUCCAAGAAAUUUUUAUUGUCAAGUGGAUCACUGGGGAUAUAUCCAUUAAUUCAUGUAACUGUUUGAACUUGAAGGGGAUUUUUGGCAGACCUGGAAAUGUAUGCACAAAAUAUUCAAGCCCAAGUAAUUGCACGCUUUAUUCAAAUAAGCAAAGGAACAGUUGUGUCUGCAGAUUGAUAUAUUCGUAUUUAUGCAGAAAAUGUUUAGAGGUACCCUGAAAGUUUGACUUGCUGUAUAUCUUGGAGUAGCCAAGAGGGUGCUUCGUAAACUUUCACUGUAAAUUUGUUGUGUAGCUAUUUAAUCCAAUGAGUUUAAAGUGUAUAAAUUGAUAAUUAACAAAAGAGCACAGAUAAGAAACUUAGCACUGGUAAGCUUCUUCUGGUAGUGUAAGUCUCACCUCAUCUUUGUUACUUAGGAGUUUAAAGUGAUGAAUUUGCAUACUAAAUAAGCACUUAGCAAAUUAUUUUGUGUCAGAGAUUAAAAGUUUUUAAGUUUAUAUAAGUAUACACUGAAAUGUAGAUAGCAAAGGAUUUCUCCCAAGCUAUUUAGAGUGUUCAGCUUAGCAAGAAAUUUCUUUCUCCCUUUUUCUUUCACACACUUGUUUUCCUUCCACAAUGAUCCCUGCCUGCAGCUCUUGGCUAUCUAUACGUUGGCCUUCAAAGCUUCCUACAUUGCUUGCAGUCACACAAAGCUAAGAAGGAAAUGGAGGCAUGCAGGCUAACUGCAAUUUUUCCUCAGCAUGGUAAUAUUUAGUAUUGAUUCCCAAUAGAUCAGAAAAUGUUGAGGAGUGCUUCUGUAAGAUGCACUCAUUUGCAGAAAUACCUUUACCUUGUCAAGGAAACCAGGCAAAUUCAUCUGCUUGGUACAAAUUUCACUGGAACA